AAAAACAAGGGCUUUGCUGGGGCCUCGCUGAGGCUAAGGCGGUGCAGGUAGAGGCACCGGCAGUGAGGGGUCAGCGUUGUGCCCAGAGCUGGGUGGGCGCUGGGGGGAGCAGGAUGAAGACAGGGCUGUAAGGCCGAGGCGGCCGCGGCAGGAGGGAAGGCUGGGAUGUCGGCCCCGGGGCACCGCUGAGGCGGCAGGUCCCAGACCUCGGAGACGGGUCCGGCGCCCCCACCGCACCCCAUAUACUCUGAAGUGCAACGCCAGGGGCCGUGGAGGCGCACCUUUGGCACGAUGAAGGAUUUGGGGGCAGAGUACUUGGCAGAUCGUGAAGGAGUUCAGCUCCUUGGAUUGUUGAGUUUCUAUCUGGAACAAGAGCAGAGAUUCCAACCUCGAGAGAAAGGGCUGAGCUUGAUUGAGGCUACCCCAGAGAAUGAUAAUACUCUGUGUUCAAGAUUGAGAAAUGCCAAAGUAGAAGAUUUAAGGAGUUUAACUAACUUUUUUGGAUCUUGCACUGAAACGUUUGUUCUAGCUGUCAAUAUUUUGGACAGAUUCUUGGCUCUUAUGAAGGUGAAACCUAAACAUUUAUCUUGCAUUGGAGUCUGUUGUUUUCUGCUGGCUGCUAGAAUAGUUGAAGAAGAAUGCAAUAUUCCGUCCAUUCAUGAUGUAAUCCGGAUUAGUCAGUGUAAAUGUACUGCUUCUGACAUAAAACGGAUGGAAAAAAUAAUUUCAGAAAAAUUGCACUAUGAAUUGGAAGCUACUACUGCCUUAAACUUUUUGCACUUAUAUCAUACUAUUAUACUCUGUCAUAUAUCAGAAAGGAAAGAAAUACUGAGCCUUGACAAACUAGAAGCUCAGCUGAAAGCUUGCAACUGCCGACUUGUCUUUUCCAAAGCAAAACCAUCUAUAUUAGCUUUGUGCCUUCUCAAUUUGGAAGUAGAAACUUUGAAAUCCGUUGAAUUACUGGAAAUUCUCCUGCUUGUUAAAAAGCAUUCCAAGAUUAAUGACACCGAGUUCUUCUAUUGGAGGGAGCUAGUAUCUAAAUGUUUAGCUGAAUAUUCUUCUCCUGAAUGUUGCAAACCAGAUCUUAAGAAGUUAGUUUGGAUUGUUUCAAGGCGCACAGCUCAGAACCUCCACAAUAGCUACUAUAGUGUUCCCGAGUUGCCAACAAUCCCAGAGAGGGGUUGUUUUGAUGAAAGUGAAAGUGAGGACUCUUGUGAAGAUAUGAGUUGUGGAGAAGAGAGUCUCAGCAGUUCUCCACCCAGUGACCAAGAGUGCACCUUCUUUUUCGAUUUCAAAGUGGCACAGACACUGUGUUUUCCAUCUUAACUAAUUGUUCUGUGUCAGAGUUUAAAUUUGUCUACCAGUUUUAAAGCAAUAAAUGGGGGAGUAGGUGGUUUUCUGGUCCAGCCCCCAUCUAGGCAGGAAUUACAUGGACUAGAAUACCUACCUUCUAUUUAUUAUUCAGAUCAGAUCUGGCCUAUUUUCAUAUUUAAAUCCUAAGCCAUCAAAUGGGUUAGUGCCUCUUAAAUAAUUAACAAUACUUUAGAUAUUGGCACUUUAUUUUUGUUGUUGGUCUUUAGCUAUCUGGGGCAGGAAGGAAGGUGCUGAUACCUUUAAUUUGUUACUUUUCAAGAAGAUUUUUAAAGUUGAGUAGUGUAGCGUAAGCUUUUUUAUAAAGCCUUCAGGUGUCUUUAUUUAACAGAUUGGGAGUGUGCAAGUGCUUCCUUAGCAGGGACAAUGGUUAAUCUUUUCAUGGUUUAUCUUAGAUUUUCUUCUCUCAUUCUCAGAACAGAGACUACACAGUAUUCUUAAAUGUCAAACAUAUUCUGUUGCUUUUUAAGUGACCAUUGUACUAUUUGAUGCAGAUCCUAUAAACUUAGGAAUUGUUAACAUUUCUGUGAAUUUUAGUAUAUAAUGUCUUUAAUUGAGGUUUCUGCUAAAGCAGAAAUAAUUGUUAAGCUAGAGUUGCUAGAUAGUUGAAUCCUUAAUGCCUAAGUAUUGUCAGACUAUAGUAUUAUUUUAAUGUUAUUAAAAAACCCAUAAUCUGCUAGUUUUGCAUGUACCUGUAUGAAAGCAGUACAGGAAGUUAAACAGAACUAGGUUAACUAUGGAAUUGAUAAAUGUUGAUUUAGAAGCACAUUUUAUCUCAUUUUCUUAUAUUAAAAAGUCUGCAUGAUCACAUUUUAUUUCAUUUGUAAUUCACAUUUCAAAAAUAAUGUGUUAGUAUAUGGGUGCCAAGAUUUUAAUAUGAAGUAAAAAGAACUCCAGUGUUUGUAGUAUUAUAGUUUUAAGCAAAUCUGUUGUGAUCCAGCUGUACGGAUGGGGAUAUAUAAAAACUCUGUACACCUAAGAUUUUGUACAGAGAAUUUUUAACUUUAUAAAACUGUAUAUGAAAAUGUAAAUCUUUAAUAUUGUACAUAAAAUACUGUAUUUUUUUACCUUGUGUGUGUGAUAGUCUAGUCAUUGCAUGUAAAUAUAAUUUAUUAUGUAUUCGGUGUUAUAAUCAGACAUGGAUGACUUACUUUUUUACUGGUAAGUCAACAUCCAUUGGAUGUUUUCUGAAGUGGAUUUUUUUGAAGUGAUAAUAGAUUAUAAUUCAAUAAAAAUAUCAUUGAAUUUUUGUUUGCAA